AUGUUGAAGGAGUUGAUGAACCAAGCAACGACGAGCGCUCACCCGGAGGCUGUAGUUCCAGGACUCGCCAAGAGAAGUGCGACUUCUAGCAAGCAACGACGAGCGCUCACCCAGAGGCUGUACUUCCAGGACUCGCCAAGAGAACAAGCAACGACGAGCGCUCACCCGGAGGCUGUACUUCCAAGACUCGCCAAGAGAAGUGCGACUUCUAGCAAGCGACGACGAUCGCUCACCCUGAGGCUGUACUUCCAGGACUCGCCAAGAGAAGUGCGACUUCUAGCAAGCAACGACGAGCGCUCACCUGGAGGCUGUACUUCCCGACUUGCUUCUAGCAAGCAACGACGAGCGCUCACCCGCGACGAGGCUGUAGUUCCAGGACUCGCCAAGAGAAGUGCGACUUCUAGCAAGCGACGACGAGCGCUCACCCUGAGGCUGUACUUCCAGGACUCGCCAAGAGAAGUGCGACUUCUAGCAAGCAACGACGAGCGCUCACCC